GGUUGGGCAGGAAACCAAGGGCUCGGCGCUCGCGAGGAAAUCGGGGACACACUGCCAUGCGUUGGGGGCUGCUCCCUCGUGGGCCGGGGGCGGCGGCCCUGGCCCGGAAUUUAUAUGGCUUGCCCCGCUUUCCUUGUCGCCUAGUGUGGCGAGGAACGACGUGGAGGCUUCUGGUGCGGUCAGUGACCGGGACCAGUCACCAGCUACCGAACCCGAAUAGCGGCAAAUACCGGGACACGGUGUUGCUGCCGCAAACCAACUUCCCCAUGAAACUGCCGGGCCGCCAGCAGCCCGACAAGGAGCUGGAGAUCCAGCAGAAAUGUGGAUUUUCAGAACUGUAUUCUUGGCAAAGAGAAAGAAAAGCAAAGACAGAAUUUUGUCUUCACGAUGGACCUCCCUAUGCAAAUGGGGAUGUUCAUGUUGGGCACGCUUUAAAUAAGAUUUUGAAAGACAUAGCCAACCGAUACCAUAUGAUGCGAGGUUCCAAAGUACAUUUCGUGCCGGGCUGGGAUUGCCAUGGGUUACCCAUUGAGAUAAAAGUGCUGUCGGAACUUGGUGGGAAAGCUCAGAAUUGUUCAGCUAUGGAAAUUCGAGGGAAAGCCCGAGCAUUUGCUAAAGCAGCCAUUGAAAAACAGAAAUCAGCGUUUGUUCGUUGGGGAAUAAUGGCUGAUUGGAAUAAUUGCUACUAUACAUUCGAUGAAAAAUAUGAAGCCCAACAGUUGAGAAUUUUCUAUGAAAUGCAUGAAAAGGGGUUGGUCCAUCGAUCUUACAAGCCCGUGUUUUGGUCUCCUUCAUCAAGGACUGCAUUGGCUGAAGCGGAACUGGAAUACAAUCCUGAGCAUGUCAGUCGGUCUAUAUAUGUAAAAUUCCCUAUCUUGAAACCACCUCCCGUGUUGGCUUCUCUUAUAGAUGACUCAUCUCCUGUUAGUGUCUUGGUCUGGACCACACAGCCUUGGACAAUUCCAGCCAACCAGGCUAUUUGCUUUAUGCAAGAGGCAAAGUAUGCUGUUGUGAAAUGUGCCACUUCUGAUGACAUCUACAUUUUGGCAGCCGAUAAAGUAACAGCUGUUGCUUCUGCCUUGGAAACAAAAUUUGAGGUUAUUUCAACAUUUUUAGGUGCGGAUUUAGAAAAUAGUACUUGUACUCAUCCUGUUUAUCCUGAUAGAGUUUCUCCUCUUUUACCUGCAAGUCAUGUGACCAUGACAAAGGGAACUGGCCUGGUUCACACAGCCCCAGCUCAUGGUAUGGAAGAUUACAGUGUAGCUUCACAGCACAACCUGUCAAUGGAGUGCUUAGUGAAUGAAGAUGGCGUUUUCACAGAUGUUGCAGGUCCUGAACUUCAAAAUAAGGCUGUCCUUGAAGAGGGAACUGAUACAGUUAUAAAGAUGCUUCAGGCUACCAAGAAUUUGUUGAAAGAGGAAGAAUUGGUGCACAGCUACCCCUACGACUGGAGGACUAAGAAGCCAGUGGUGAUUCGUGCCAGCAAACAGUGGUUUGUGAAUAUCAUGGAUAUUAAGCCCACGGCCAAGGAAUUGCUGAAAAAGGUGAAGUUUAUUCCUGGAUCAGCACUGAAUGCCAUGGUUGAAAUGAUAGACAGGCGACCCUACUGGUGUAUAUCAAGACAAAGAGUGUGGGGUGUUCCGAUUCCUGUUUUUCACCAUAAGACAAAAGAUGAAUUCUUAAUCAACAGCCAAACCAUUGAGCAUAUUAUUAAGCUAGUGGAACAACAUGGCAGCGAUAUCUGGUGGACUCUUCCCCCUGAGCAGCUUCUUCCAAGUGAAGUCUUAUCUCAGGUUGGUGGUCCUGAUGCCUUGGAAUACGUGCCAGGUCAGGAUAUUCUGGACAUCUGGUUUGAUAGUGGAACUUCAUGGGCUCAUGUUCUCCCAGGCACUGACCCAAGAGCAGAUCUGUACCUGGAAGGGAAAGACCAGCUUGGGGGCUGGUUUCAGUCUUCUUUGCUAACAAGUGUGGCAACAAGGAAAAGGGCGCCCUAUAAGGCAGUGGUUGUUCACGGCUUUACCCUUGGAGAAAAGGGAGAGAAGAUGUCCAAGUCUCUUGGGAAUGUUAUUAAUCCUGACGUUGUCAUCAAUGGAGGACAAGAUCAAAGCAAUGAACCACCUUAUGGUGCUGAUGUCCUUCGCUGGUGGGUAGCUGAGUCUAAUGUCUUUACCGAAGUGACCAUUGGUCCGUCUGCACUGAAUGCUGCCAGAGAUGAUAUUCACAAGCUUAGGAAUACACUCCGCUUUCUUUUGGGAAAUGUGUCUGGUUUCAACCCCAAAACAGAUUGUGUUCCUGCUGCAGAUAUGUAUGUCAUAGACCAGUACAUGCUACACUUACUGCAGGAUUUUGCAAAUAAGACCACUGAGGCAUAUAAACAAUACGAUUUUGGAAAAGUUGUUCGACUGUUACAAGCAUUUUAUGCUAGAGAACUCUCUAGCUUUUAUUUCAGCAUCAUCAAAGAUAGGCUUUACUGUGAAAACGAACAUGAUCCUAAACGUCGCUCCUGCCAAACUGCGUUAGCGGAGAUCUUGGACGUGGUGGUGCGCUCUUUUGCUCCCAUUCUGCCUCACUUGGCUGAAGAGGUCUUCCAACACCUCCCUUAUGCUGACGAACCAAAGAGUGUUUUCCGUACUGGGUGGAUGAACAUCAGUUCCAUUUGGAAGAAGCCUGGCCUGGAGGAGGCAGUGGAGAGCGCAUGUGCAAUGAGAGACUCAUUUCUUGGAAGCAUCCCUGGCAAAAAUGCAGCAGAGUACCAGGUUGUCAUAGUGAUAGAGCCGGGACUGCUUUUUGAGAUCAUGGAGAUGCUCCAAGCUGAAGAGACUUCUAGCACCUCGCAGUUGAAUGAAUUACUGAUGGCUUCACAGACAACCUUACUCUCUCAGGAGCCAAUAGAGAUAACUGCAGAUGCAAUCGAACUUACAGGAACAUUCCUAAUCAAUUUAGAAGGUGGUGAUAUUCGGGAAGAGUCCUCAUACAAAGUAAUUGUCAUGCCAAGUACUAAAGAAAAAUGCCCUCGUUGUUGGAAGUAUACAGCGGAGUCUUCAGAUACACUCUGCCCUCGAUGUGCAGAGGUUGUUGGUGGAAAGUAGGACCUCACUUUUGUGUUAAUUCUGAGCAAGACCCGACAAUAUGACUAGGAGUUUGGAUUGCUUACAGUACUGGAAGGAAACACAAGAUUUAGUCGUGUGGAAGAGCAAAUGAUGGAAGAUGAAGGUCAAAAUCAAAAUUACCAAGCAGUUCCUGUAGCUAGAGAAGGAAUAAUGGUGUGUGAAUAUAUUUAUGUGGAAAUAAUAAACAUGUACACACAUAUACAUAUAUAACCCCGUCCAUAUACUAGGUUUCCUCAGAAUAUAGACAGCCUUCAAAUAAAGCUGAGCAGAAAUGUUUUCUUAUUUUAUAAAACUUUUUGACACAGUAUGUCCACAAAUAAAGGCAUGCUGGAAAACUACUAAUCGUGUAGAAAUUGUGGGAUCGCGUGAAAGUGUCAGUUUGAUGGGAAAUGACAGCUUUGUUUCCCUAAGAGAUGAUGAGUCACUUCAUUCUGCCUUAGUAGCAAACUUCAACGCUGUCAGGUUUUUUUUAGGUUGGAUUGGAAAGAAAAAAAGUAUGACCAAACUUGUUAUAUCACAGGGAGAAAAAGCCUUGAAUGAUUGAAUUUAUGAAUGUUAGGAAAACAGUUAUGAAAGCUGCAAAUUUAUUUCAGUAAUUUACAUAAAUUCACAAUAGACAGAAAAUAGCAGUAUAUACAGAAUUUCACUACUUACAGUAAGUACAUUACAGAAGUUAGAGCAUCAUAUAAACAGUUCAGGAUUGGAUUGAAAUCUUUUUAAGGAUGGUAAGUUCUAGUCAGCAGAAAUCUAGCAUUCGAAACCCAACAGACCCAUUCUAUCGGGUUACGAGGGCAUUCCCUCUUGCUGUGAUGUACUUUGAAAGUAUUUCUGAUGCACGAUUUUGACCACAGCAACUUCUAUGUGACGACUAUAAACAUACUCAAUAUUAGCUUAGUGUUAUGAAGUCUGGCUUUUGUGUUAUCUGAAAUUGGAAUAGCUCUUUUGUUUUUAUAAAAUGAAGCAAUAUCAUUGUUGACUGACAGUGUUUAUUUUGUCUGGAGAUGAAUUUUCCUAAUAAAAGUAAAAUGCUUUUUCUUUU